CAGUGACGAGGCAUCGCUGAAAUGAAUAAACUUGCCAUAGUCACACAACAUCCCAGUCAGGACUUCAAAUUUGGAAACCCAGUGUGAUUUUAUGGUGUGACGGAACAACAGGCAACUCUAAGUAUCAACUGUGUGGGGAAUGUUCUGGCAUAUAUAAAGGAUAGACCAGCACAACAAUCAAAAGGUCCGCACCUUGUUAUUUCAACUAGGAAACAUUUACAGACACCAUGGUUGCUCAUUGGGAUCAGAAAGGCGUUAUUCAGAAAGUGAAGGAGGAUUAUCAACCCAAAGAGGAUGUUCUCCAAGCUUCAUACGAUCGUCUUUUGACCGUUAUUAAGGAGAAGAUUGCUGAAAUCCAGCGUCAAGGACCCAAGUUUAUCCCUGAAUGUGACUUCACCGAUGUUGAGGCAAACAAUGGACAAGUGCCAGAGGAGGUCCUCCAGAGAGUCAAAGAUACUGGAUGCUUGAUUAUUCACAACGUCAUUCCUGAUGAAGAGGUCUUGCAGAGGAAGAAAGAAAUUGAAGACUACUGGUACGGUAACCAAGAACGACUAGGUGUUAAGGCCCGCGGAGUGAUGAACGCCCUGGGAUUGUUUAAGCUCAGAGAGCACCCCAACUUGGUCAAGUGUAUUGUUGCCGCCAACUCGUUGUGGCAUGACCCUAGUGGAGACGUAGAAUGGUGUCCCACCAAGCCCAUGGUCUACCUUGAUGGCUGCCGUAUCCGAAAUCCCGGCGAAGAAGGUGGCAUGCUUGCCCAUGUCGACAGUGGCGGCAUUGAGCGAUGGUGGCAUGACGAGUACAAGCAGUGCUAUAAGGCUGUGUGGGAAGGAAAGUGGGAGGAACUCGACUCAUAUGAUGUUAGUUACCGCACCACUUCCCCUCUUCCUACCAACAAAUUCUUCCGCGCCUUCCAGGGCUGGAUUGCCAUGAGCGAGGCUGGUCAAGACAAGGGUACCAUCCGAUUGUGUCCUAUGUUGAAGGAACAAACCGCUUACUAUCUUCUCAAGCAACUCUUGGAUAAGGAAUUGAAGCACUGGCCCACCGUUCACAGUAUGAGCUUGCGUAAUGAACUGUUCCCUCUCAUCAACGAUGCCUUGGUCACCAUUCCUGACGUUCAACCCGGUGACUAUGUGCUCUGGCAUUGCGACUUGGGCCAUAGCGUUGAGUAUACCCACAAUGGAGAAAAGGAUUCUUCUGUUGCCUACAUUGGCGCCUCACCCAUGUGCCCAAUGAACGCCGAAUACCUUGUUCGUCAACACGAGACCUUCUUGAAGGGAGGAAAAGGUCCUGACUUUGUCGACCGUGACGGUGAUGGUGGCCCUGAAGCUGACUUCACUGAAAGUCGCCCUGCCAUCGAUGACUUGAGCGAUAUCGGCAAGAAGAUGAUGGGUUUCUUGCCAUAUGAAGUCAACGAAGACGAUGACGAGAAGACUCGUGAAGUCACCUUGAAGUGUAACAAGAUUCUUGGCUUCUAAGUAGCAGCUUCAGAUGAGAAGCAAUUGUACAGAUCUUUCACAUAGCUAUCGAAAACUCCAUUUAAGAAAACAAUAUAUUCUACCUUCAUCCCAUAAUGCCUGCUUAUCACGUUACU